GGUUCUUGGCGCGGGGGAAGGUAGAUCCGGGCCUGUUUGUUGCCGGCCGGCGGUAAGUGGUUGGUUGGCUACGUUGCCGAGGCGAGAAUGGCUCAGCGGGGCUCAACGGAGGCAGCCUUGCGGCGGACGAUGGAGGCGGAGGGGCUACAGGAGGCAGAGGCUGCCUUGGAAAAGCAUCAGCGGUUGAUUGCAGGAAAAGCACAUAAAGAAGGUGGAUCUGCCCGAAUGUCACUCCUCAUCUUAGUGUCCAUCUUCUUAACAGCUGCUUCUGUUAUGUUGGUGGUAUAUAAAAACUUUCCCCAACUUAAUGAAGAGGAAAGAGGAUGUAUGAAAGUUCCUAGAGACAUGGAUGAUGCUAAAGCUUUAGCAAAAGUACUCUCUAAGUACAAGGAUACUUUCUAUGUUCAAGUAUUAGUGGCCUAUUUUGCUACCUUUGUCUUCCUGCAAACAUUUGCUAUUCCUGGAUCUAUAUUUUUGAGUAUACUUUCAGGAUUUCUUUAUCCUUUUCCAUUAGCUCUAUUUCUUGUUUGUCUGUGCUCUGGACUUGGAGCUUCUUUUUGUUACAUGCUGUCGUAUUUAGUUGGAAGACCACUUGUAUAUAGAUAUUUAACAGAGAAAGCAGUAAAAUGGUCAAAACAGGUUGAAAGACACAGAGAACAUCUCAUUAACUACAUACUAUUUUUGAGAAUCACUCCAUUCCUUCCUAAUUGGUUCAUCAAUAUAACUUCUCCUGUAUUAAAUGUGCCAUUAAAAGUAUUUUUUAUUGGUACUUUUCUUGGUGUUGCACCACCAUCUUUUGUAGCAAUUAAAGCUGGAACCACACUUUAUCAACUCACUACAGCAGGCGAAGCUGUUUCCUGGAACUCAUUCUUUAUUCUUAUAGUUCUAGCAAUUCUGUCCAUUUUACCAGCAGUUUUCCAGAAUAAACUUAAACAAAAAUUUGCAUAAGGAUCAACCUGGAUCUUUGUUUUCCAUUUCAUCUCAGGAUCCACACUACUCCUGUGAUUCCUUUUCUAAUGGAUGUUAAGUAACUUAGAAAAAGGAAGCUGAAGAGACACAGAAGUUUUUAGAUCUUUUGUUCAGUUAUAUUUAUGGGGGGGGGAACAAUCUACAGCUGGAAGAAAAUUUUAAGGUGAACCAUACCUUUUGAAGAAUUCUGAGACAUUGUCAAUUUUAAUCUGUAACAUUGAAUCAGAAUUUAUGCUUUGUCUGAUGCCUUUUUGAUAAUUUAAUGUGAAUAAUUUGUUUCUCCCAUAUUUUCCUCAUCAUUGAAUAAUCCUAAGAAAUUACAAAUUGCACAAUGAAUUCUAUAAUCCGAAUGGAGUAAAAAAACUGCAUUAUUUCUUUAUGCAUAAAGUCUUCAUUGAACACAUGAUUAGAUGGCUUGACCAGUGUUUUUCAGAAAUUUCUGGGUCUUUUGUUUUUUGCUCAGUUUUGUAAAAGAUCGAGUGAUUUAACUAUAGGAUAUUAUUUUUUGUUUUCUUGAAAUGAAGCUAAUUUAUCAUGGCACAUAAAAAUACUACUUUUAAUAUUCUUACCUUGUUUGUGAGCAUUUCAGUUACUUGGUUACAAUUUUAUGAAACUUAUUGUCUAUCAAAAAACAGUUAUCAGAAUACAUUUUAUGGUGAUAGUUUUAUAGGAGGAUGUGUAGGAAUGGCCUUUUAUUUUGCAGUCAUUUUCUUUUGGGUGGCAGGAUUUAUUAACAUUUCCAGGUGCUGCACCAUUUUUAAAACUUACAGAUACAAUUUGGCUAAGUAAAAUUUCAGUGCUUGUCUCUAAAACGCCAAAGAUAUUUUCCAAGUUCCCCUUAAAGCCCAGGUUCAUUCAGUCAUAUUUUACCCAGCAGUUGAAAUGAAUGAGAAGUGCCUAAGUAUGAACAAGUUCAGUCUACAAUGGAAGAAGUAUUAUUUGUUCACUGGGCAAAGAUUAACCUGCAGAAAUUGUAUAUUUUGUAAAUAGGCCUUGCUAAUAUAAUGUAUCCUUUUUCUAAUGGGAGAGUAGCGUAUUAAAAAUGGAAUGAAGAUUGGCUAUUGAAUUUUAAGUACUCUUUAGGGGUUUUACUUUCAAAAGUAAUGAUACUUUUUGUUGAAUUACUAUUGUCAUUGAAUAUUUUUCCUCCAUUUAUGAGAUCUAAUAUGCUGUUUUACUUCAUAAUACCUCUCAACCAUUCCUCUAUAUGAAGGGUGUCCAACUGGUGGCCUGUGGGCUGGAUGCAUCGUAUGCAGGCCAUGCCCACCCCAGUUCCGCGAAGGGGAAAAACAUUGUGAUAUAUCAUGUGACGGCAAUGUGACACAGAGAGUUUGACACCCAUACUCUGUAUCUAAUGCUGAUUGUUCCAUACACUUCUGUUACAAGUAGUCCAUGUUUAAUGACAUAAUUGGAACUGGAAAUUCUGUUAAGUGAUGUCAUAUAUUGAAAACAACACAUGACCGUGACACUUAGUAACAGUAGUUCCAGCAAUGUCAGUUGCCAUUGUUAAGUGAGGAUCAUGACUUCCUACCAGCUUCUCCUUUGAUUUUGAUUCUGGGAAGCUGAAGGUCACAAUUCAUGAUCAAGUAGCCAUGAGAACACAGCACAUGCAGGUUCAGCCAUAACUAUCACUCAUUCAUUGCCAUUGUAUAUUUGAAAUGGUUGCUAAAUGAGCAGUUGUUAAAUGAGGACCACGGUAGAUAUAUGGAAUCAAAUGAACGAAGUUUUAAAGACCAUACAAGCAAAAUCAGAACAUUGUCAACUUUUUUUGACCUUCUCUGAAACAAGGCCAAUAUGCAAACCAAAUGUGCAAAAAAUUAUAUUUUAUUACCCAGAUUUCUAUACCGUCUGCUUCUUAAGACUUAGGCGGUUUACAACAAUGUGAAAUUAUCACAGCAUCAACCAAUAAAGCAUCUAAUUAUAGCAAA